AUGCCAUCCAGAAACAGCAUCAACAAGCCCAAGGACAACAUCCUCAGACGGCAAAAGCGCCAGUCGCUCGGGAAGAAGAGAGCCGGAUCCCGCAAAUCAUCCAGAGACGACGCUCCAAAGUCCACGGCCGUCGCGCUGUACACGGGGCCUUCUCGCUCUGGCGUCACCACUACGACACUGUCCAACAAAAAAAGCAAGAAAAUCGAGAGAAACAAGAAGUACGCCAAGGCCCGCAAUCUGGACACCGACCAGCUGCUGGUGGACGCGCAGGCCAAGCAGGAGCAGAUGGAGAUCGACGAGGCCACGGAACAAGCCCAGGAGAGCGUGCGAAGCGCCCUGUGGGCUGUUGUCGAGGACGCAGCGUCCGGCGGGUUCGCGUACGACGUCUCCGGCGAGGGCACUACGUUGGGAGGACCGCUGACUGUAUAG